GCUGGAGAGAGAACUUGAUACAGAGUAACAGUAAAUCACACGGACCUACAGUAUACCAGUGUUGAAAUUUGUAAUCCUAUUGCAUGUAUUUUUGGCUAGUGAAAGGAGCAAGUGAGAUCACUGCGAUCUCCCAUUUGGAUAGAGUUGAUUUGUUGGGCAAGGACAACAUCGGAUCUUUUCAGGCACAGUUCAAAUAUAUUUGAAUUUCUAGCACCAUGGAAAUGUCCGAAAACAAGCCGAAUGAUGAUCCGAAGUUAUCUACGACUGACAGGAUGGUAAAAUCUGUCCCGUUCCCGCCAAGUCACCGACUCACAGCCAAGGAGGUGUUUGACAGCGAUGGGAGGCCCAAAGUGGACGUGCUCAAAGGCCACCUGACCAAGGAGGGCCGCGUGGAGGAGAGCGUGGCCCUCAGGCUCAUCAGCGAGGGAGCGGCCAUCUUGAGGGCUGAGAAGAACCUGCUGGACAUAGAGGCCCCUGUGACAGUUUGCGGAGACAUCCAUGGCCAGUUCUUUGACCUGAUGAAGCUGUUUGAAGUAGGAGGGUCACCAGCUAGCACACGAUACCUUUUCCUGGGCGACUACGUCGACAGAGGAUAUUUCAGUAUCGAAUGUGUGCUGUACUUGUGGGCCUUAAAGAUCCUAUACCCCAAAACACUCUUUUUGCUUCGUGGGAACCACGAAUGUAGACAUUUGACGGAGUAUUUCACAUUUAAGCAGGAAUGUAGAAUUAAGUAUUCGGAGCGGGUGUACGAUGCGUGUAUGGACGCCUUCGACUGCCUUCCUCUGGCCGCCCUUAUGAACCAGCAGUUCCUGUGCGUACACGGAGGACUGUCCCCAGAAAUCACAAACCUUGACGACAUCAGGAAAUUAGACAGAUUCAAGGAGCCCCCUGCGUACGGGCCCAUGUGUGACCUGCUGUGGUCGGACCCCCUGGAAGACUUUGGGAAUGAGAAAAGCCAAGAGCACUUCACACACAACACAGUGAGAGGCUGCUCCUACUUCUACAGUUAUCCUGCUGUCUGCGACUUUCUACAACACAAUAACUUAUUAUCGGUCAUUCGAGCCCAUGAAGCACAGGACGCUGGGUACCGCAUGUACAGGAAGAGCCAGACGACAGGGUUCCCUUCUCUCAUCACCAUCUUCUCAGCACCCAACUACCUAGACGUCUACAACAACAAAGCUGCAGUGCUGAAGUAUGAGAACAACGUGAUGAACAUCAGGCAGUUCAACUGCUCCCCUCACCCCUACUGGCUGCCCAACUUCAUGGACGUCUUCACCUGGUCCCUGCCCUUUGUUGGGGAGAAAGUCACUGAGAUGCUGGUCAAUGUGUUAAGCAUCUGCUCCAAUGAUGAGCUGACGACUGAUGAAGAGAUCGAUGGACAUCUAAUAUAUGCCCCCAAGAAAGGUGCCACAGCCUCUGCACGCAAGGAAGUAAUCCGGAACAAGAUCCGUGCCAUUGGCAAGAUGGCCAGGGUAUUCUCUGUCCUCAGGGAGGAGAGUGAGAGUGUGUUGACACUGAAAGGGCUGACCCCCACCGGCAUGCUGCCCAGUGGAGUGCUGUCCGGAGGCAAGGAGAAGCUCCAGAAUGAAACCACAGCUACUAUUGAGGCUAUUGAGGCAGACGAAGCCAUCAAGGGCUUCUCGCCCCAGCACAAAAUCACCAGCUUUGCGGAGGCCAAGGGCCUGGACCGCAUCAACGAGCGGAUGCCCCCGAGGCGGGACGGCCUCCCCUCAGACGCCAGCCUCAACUCCCUCAACAAGGCUCUGUCCUCGGAGACCAAUGGCACAGACGCCAAGGACAGCAGCAACAUCCAGUGAAGGGGCACGCUCCACCACGGCUGGUGGUGGCAGUCUGUGGCGACCAGGGUGGGUCGAACUACGGAAAGUUAUCGCUCGUUCACUUUUUCAGGCCCUUGGCCUCCUCGAAGCUGGUGAUGACGUGCUUGAUUCUGAGACGAGAGAGAGAGAGAGAGAGAGAGAGAGAGAGCGAGAGAGAGAGCGAGAGAGAGAGCGAGCGAGAGAGCGAGAGAGAGAGCGAGAGAGAGAGAGAGAGAGAGAAUUUAUGAAAGCCCCUAGCUCAUUUUACUGCAGGGCUCUCCAACCCUGUUCCUGAAAAGCUACCCUCCUGUAGAUUUUCGCUCCAACCCCAGUUGUAACUACUAUAACCUGAUUCAGCUUAUCAACCAGCUAAUUAUUAGAAUCAGGUACGCUUGAUUAGGGUUGCAGUGAAAACCUACAGGACGGUUGCUCUCCAGGAACAGGGUUGGAGAGCCCGGUUUUACUGGAUAUGGACAUUUUGUGUAACUUCUUACUAACUAUUGUACGUUUACAAUAUACAGCACUAAAAAGGGCAAAACAUUUAAAAAACAUGUUUUUAACAUAUAAGGGUGUACAAAUUAAGUAAGGACUAUUUAUUAAUAACUUUUUUUGCUACUCUUAUAAAAUAGCUCUGAAAUAAAUUAGGCAGUCUUAAAAAGAAUGUUGCAACAUUGUUUAAAUGCCCCAAAAAUUUAAAGUUUUAUGGUUUUGUACAGAUUAUGCUUACCUCAGGUUCAUUUGGUGUGUGCUUUUGACCCAGAUUUCUGGAAAAUGGCAAAUUAUUACCUUGGUGAUGAAUACCUAUUUUUUGGGAGUUUCAUAACUGGAAUUUACAUUUAUAUAUUAUUUGCAAAUAUGUUUUUGUUGUUUUUUGGGAUUCUACAUUUUAUUGUGGCUUGCUGGAAUUCUGUGAGUGUUCAUUUUUCUCUUUUUAAAAGUAUUGUGAACAAAGUAAACAUAAAGAACCUAUAUUGUGUCAACAAAAAAAAACAAUCAACUGAAAGUGUCUGCCUAUGCAUGUUUUAUAAAAUGAAACAAAGGAUUGGAUAAAUGAAUUGAAUGCCUUGGCUACGGAGGCCUGUUUUUAAAUGUAGUGCGCUUAGUGAAUAUAUACUGGAAACGUAUAUCGGCAUUCAUUAAAUUAACACCAUGAUAAUGCUUUAUAUGCCUUCAACUUCUUUUAUAAUUGAAACAUUUAACUAUCUGAGAUGGAAAAGGAAUCUAUUUUUAACAUGCACUUGUAAGUGCACACAGUCAGAUUUAGCAUGUUUGACCAUUCUUGUGAGGUUUGUGGUUACAUGUGGAACUCAAAAUGCAUGAUAACUGUUAGUGCCAUAUAACGGGUUAGAAAUGUUUGUUCUGUUUUGUAAAGGUGCCACAGAAAGUGUAAUUUAAUUACUAUUAUUAAUAAUGUUAUUAUUAUUAUUUGGAACUCUGCUUUGUAUUUCAGUUACAGGUUUGUUACUGCUUAAUACAUUCAGAUAAAACAAAAAAAAGUUAUUUUUUCAACUGCUUAAGUGCCCAAGUAAUUCACUACAUGACAUAAAGCCUUGCUUUUGUAAUUUAACUUCAAACCAGUUGGCAGAUGAAGCAUGCACUCAACUAUGAAAAAGUAUUUUAUAUUACUGUUUAAUAAAAAAUGUGCAUGUAUUUCAACUUAAAUGAAACUGUUUAUUUGUGUGUGGUAUAUUCCUAUUCUCAGAUUUCAAGUCAAUGUAAACAUAAAAAAUAAAAAAUGUAUUACAUCCUAAAUAUA